CCUUCUUGUAUGUGGCUAUUUGUUCCAUUUGCUUCACAGCUUUCUAAAAUUUGCUUUUUCAGUUGGAACUACAUCUUGUACUUUUACUGGAGGCAGCUGCUCUUUCCUGGUACAGUCCAACCAUGACUCUGCAGACUGGUCAUUUGGAACGAGCACGCCAAGCCGCUUCACAGGUCCCCAGUUACCUAUUGAUGGGACGUUUGCUUACACUGAAGCCUCUGGUCAACGCUGGGGAGCCACCUACAUACUGACCACCACAGGGACAGUGUUUGCCCAGCAGACAUGGUGCCUUUCCUUCGCGUACAAUAUGUAUGGCAGACAUAUUGGAACAUUACAAGUGAAUGCUGGAUCGUCUGGAUCACUGUCGACCUUAUGGUAUACAUCUGGAAAUAAGGGAAUCAACUGGCUUACUCAAAGGGUUACCAUUCCUUCAACGGCUAACCUUGUGGUUGACAUUAAAGGCAUCCGAGGAUGGAGUUAUCAGGGUGACAUCGCUAUAGACAAUGUAACCAUGACUCCUGGAGUCUGCUGAGAUAUACACUGCUGGAAUUUAACAUUACUGGAAUGGUUUACAAUCUGAAAUUGUUUACAUUACUUUAAUUGUUAUUGUUAUAUUACUGGAAUUGUUUACAUAACUGAAAUAGUUUAGAUUACUGGAAUUGUUUACAUUACUGAAAUUGUUUACA